AUGGGCGGGUGGCUGGUCAAGCACAUGGAGUGGGAUUUCGAUGAUGUGGACCCACAAUUCCCUUUGUCACCUUACUUCAGGUUUGUGAGCACUUGGAGGAAGCUUCUGCGGACCCCAAUCACUUUCACUACCGUCAUCCGACCCACAACGCCGCAGAUCAUGGUCUCGGCUGGCGUGAACCCCUUUCCCCCCAUCCUGCUGGAGGCAAAUGCCGUCACAAAUCCCAAGAAGCCUAUUGGCAUGCCGUACUUGAACGGCUAUUGCCAGCUCUCUAUUCCCUUCAAACAAGUGAGGGAAAAGAUCACAGGCAUCUUUCCUGCCCUCAAGAGAGCAGAUACUACUGAGAUACAGCCACAAGAGAGGUACAUCGAUCACGUUGCCAACACUGGGUUUGUGGGGCUUCGAGCUGACAUCCAUCAGCAUCUCGAGCCAACAGUAGGGGUUAUCAAUGACCUGAAGCUGGGAAACCAUCCCAGCUUGGGGUAUCUAGCGGGCUGUAGCUUCACAACUAGGAUAUGGUCUGAUUCUAAAGGAGAAAUCCAAUACACGUCAUCCUUACGCAUG